UAACAUAUUCAUCGUUCCAGAAAAAACCAGUACUUUCAAGUUUCAAACCCAAAAUCUCAAGCAAAGCAUAAACCCACAACCUUCUCUCUCUCUCUGAUUCCAAAUUCCAAUCUUUUUCCUUUUACAGUAGUAAUCGCUACGUUUAAUAUCUCUCCAAUUUUUUAAUUCAUCUCUCUCGCUUUUGUUGCUUUGCUUUGGAAUCGAAUCAUGCCCAAAUUACGCUUUCUCAUAGUGGCUUCGGCGGCCCCAAUCCUUCUCGGACUGGCUCUCCGAACCUACUCCGGCGCCGACGACGCUUCCAAUUCAAUUUUCACCACUCGUUUUCUCGUUUGGAGCUUGCUAGUUUCGGUGAUGGUCGCCUUUUCUGGCGUUUUCAGCAGAUUGCUGCACUGUAUGCUUCCUAAAAAGAGACCCGGGGACGGAGUCGUUGUAGAAGUAGAAGUAGGAGGAGACACCGGCAGCUCCGCCCCGUUAUCGUCGAUCAAUAAGCAUCGCAUCGGCAACUUCGUUGCCGAAUCUACUGUCAGCAACAACAGCAGCCUCGCAAGCAGCAACCACGGUAGCGUGGUUGAGAAGGACGUGCCGAUCAUGGCUUUGGGCCAUUCGAACCAGUCCGAUAUCGACGAGGACCUUCACAGCCGGCAGCUCGCGGUCUAUGGCCGCGAGACGAUGCGGCGGCUCUUCGCGUCGAAUGUUCUCAUCUCAGGGAUUCAAGGUCUAGGUGCUGAAAUUGCAAAGAACCUCAUUCUGGCUGGGGUCAAGUCUGUGACUUUGCACGAUGAAGGGAAUGUGGAGCUAUGGGAUUUGUCUAGUAACUUUGUUUUUUCCGAGGACGAUGUGGGUAAGAACAGAGCACUUGCUUCGGUUCAAAAGUUGCAGGAACUCAACAAUGCUGUGGUUGUUAAUACCUUGACAACUGAAUUGACCAAAGAGCAGCUUUCUAAUUUCCAGGUUGUUGUAUUCACUGACAUCAGUCUCGAAAAAGCCAUUGAAUUCGAUGAUUAUACACAUGAUCAUCAGCCCCCAAUCGCCUUCAUUAAAACUGAAGCUAGAGGCCUUUUUGGUUCUGUCUUUUGUGACUUUGGACCUGAGUUCACUGUUUUUGAUGUUGAUGGGGAGGAACCACACACGGGUAUAAUUGCAUCCAUCAGCAAUGACAACCCUGCUAUAGUGUCAUGUGUUGACGACGAGAGACUUGAAUUUCAGGAUGGGGAUCUUGUUGUGUUCUCAGAGGUUCAUGGAAUGACAGACCUAAAUGAUGGAAAACCAAGAAGGAUAAAAAAUGCUAGGGCUUACUCAUUCACUCUUGAGGAGGAUACCACGAGGUUUGGUGCCUAUGAGAAAGGUGGUAUUGUCACACAGGUGAAGCAGCCAAAAGUCUUGAAAUUUAAGUCAUUGAGAGAAGCACUCAAUGAUCCUGGUGAAUUUCUUCCUAGUGAUUUCUCCAAGUUUGAUCGGCCACCACUCCUACACUUGGCAUUUCAAGCACUGGACAAAGUUGUGUCUGAGCUUGGGCGAUUCCCUGUUGCUGGUUCAGAAGAGGAUGCACAGAAGCUUAUAUCUAUUGCUAGUAACAUCAAUGAAAAAUUGGGAGGUGGUAAGAUGGAAGAUAUUAAUCCAAAACUUUUGCGGCACUUUGCCUUUGGUGCAAAGGCGGUACUGAAUCCCAUGGCUGCCAUGUUUGGUGGUAUUGUGGGUCAAGAGGUUGUAAAAGCUUGCUCUGGAAAGUUCCAUCCACUCUUUCAGUUCUUCUACUUCGACUCAGUAGAAUCACUUCCUACGGAGCCACUGGAAUCCAGUGAUUUGAAACCAUUAAAUAGCCGUUAUGAUGCACAAAUUUCAGUUUUUGGGUCCAAGCUACAGAAGAAAUUGGAGGAUGCGAAAAUAUUUCUAGUUGGAUCUGGGGCACUAGGAUGUGAGUUCUUAAAAAAUUUGGCCCUGAUGGGAGUUUCAUGUGGCAAGCAAGGGAAGCUAACAGUCACUGAUGAUGAUGUAAUUGAGAAGAGUAACCUUAGUAGGCAGUUCCUCUUCCGUGAUUGGAACAUUGGGCAGCCCAAAUCCACGGCUGCUGCCUCCGCUGCUGCAUCUAUAAAUCCUUAUCUCAAUGUCGAAGCCUUGCAGAAUAGAGUUAGCUCGGAAACUGAGGAUGUGUUUGAUGAUGCCUUCUGGGAGAAUUUAAGUGUUGUUAUCAAUGCACUCGAUAAUGUCAAUGCUAGGCUCUAUGUUGAUCAGAGGUGCUUAUAUUUCCAGAAGCCACUUCUCGAGUCAGGUACACUGGGCACAAAAUGCAACACUCAGAUGGUUAUUCCUCUCCUAACAGAAAACUAUGGUGCCUCAAGAGACCCACCGGAGAAGCAAGCACCCAUGUGCACUUUGCACUCAUUUCCACACAACAUUGACCACUGCUUGACUUGGGCUCGAUCUGAGUUUGAGGGCUUGCUUGGCAAAACUCCAGCUGAAGUGAAUGCAUAUUUAGCCAAGCCAAGUGAGUAUGCUGCUUCGAAGAGGAAUGCUGGUGACGCACAGGCCAGGGAUACCUUGGAGCGCAUUCUUGAGUGCCUUGAUAGAGAAAGAUGCGAAACAUUUCAAGAUUGCAUUGCAUGGGCACGCCUGAAGUUUGAAGAUUAUUUUUACAACCGCAUCAAACAGCUGAUCUAUACUUUUCCUGAAGAUGCUACAACCAGUAGUGGGACUCCAUUCUGGUCUGCCCCUAAGCGAUUCCCCCAUCCUCUACAGUUCUCAACUGCUGAUCCUGGUCACCUUAAUUUUGUUAUGGCAGCAUCCAUACUAAGGGCAGAAACAUUUGGGAUCCCAAUCCCCCACUGGGUUAGAAACUCUAAGAAGUUUGCUGAAGCUGUUGAGAAAGUGAUGGUCCCAGAAUUUCAGCCCCGGAGAGAUGCAAACAUAGUGACCGACGAUAAUGCUACCAAUUUAACUUCUCAAUCUACAGAUGAUGCACAGGUCAUUGAUGACUUGAUCAUCAAGUUAGAGCAUUGUCGAGAGAAACUCUCACCAGGGUUCAGGAUGAAACCAAUUCAGUUCGAGAAGGACGAUGAUACAAAUUACCAUAUGGAUCUGAUAGCUGGGCUUGCCAAUAUGAGGGCUAGAAAUUACGGCAUUCCUGAGGUUGACAAGCUGAAAGCCAAGUUUAUUGCCGGCAAGAUUAUCCCCGCAAUUGCUACCACCACGGCAAUGGCCACAGGACUGGUGUGCCUGGAGCUUUACAAAGUUUUGGACGGAGGCCACAAACUAGAAGACUAUAGAAACACGUUUGCAAAUCUAGCUCUACCUUUGUUCGCAAUGGCAGAGCCAGUUCCGGUGAAGGUCAUCAAGCACCGUAACAUGAGCUGGACCAUUUGGGAUAGGUGGAUCGUGAGGGGCAAUCCCACUCUGAGAGAAUUUAUUCAGUGGCUCAAGGACAGAGGACUGGAUGCUUAUAGCAUCUCAUAUGCCAGUUCCCUGCUUUAUAAUACCAUGUUUGCACGACACCAAGACCGAAUGGACAAGAAGAUGGUGGAUCUGGCUAGGGAAGUGGGGGGUUUGGAACUGUCUCCAAACCGCUCCCACUUCGAUGUUGUUGUGGCUUGUGAGGACGAUGAGGGGAACGAAGUUGACAUCCCUCUGGUAUCCAUCUACUUCCGUUAGGUUGUGUUCUUGAGUCCACCGGUGAUCGUCGGUGUGUGAUUCUCGGAUGCGAACACUACAUUUUUAGGAUUUGGCCCUUGUUUAUAUUUGCACAUUGAACACACUCAAGCUUAUAGACAGAAAAAAUGCAUGUAAAUUCUCGUGCUCGACUUUUGAUAACAAGAUACUGACGUUGUUAGAUUCUAUAACAAUUCAAGUACCAUAGACAUCA